UGAACACAAAACAAAAUGCAGGAUACCCUCUUUGCCACAACAAAUUCUGCUUGAGUAAUCCAUUUGCACAUCAUCGCCAUGCUCUUAUUGGAGGAUUAUAUGCGUUUCUUGUCUUUCUUACGAUAUAAAAUCACAAACGAUGCAUCUGAGAAGGAGAUGGAGAAUACAUUCUUAGUCCUUGACACUGAGAUUCCCAUACAUAUUGAGGCCGUGUUAUUUAAUAGGCUGUUUUAGUGGAAAUGCACACUGGAGACGAGGACAUAACCAGUUUCAGUCCAGAGAACUUGGGCGGAUGUGUGUGUCGGAUGUUUCACAAAGAUAAGACAGAGUGAAGACGUGUGGAGUCUCUGAUUUGGCUAUGCAAAUGCUUUUAGGCUCUUUCGGGUGUAAGCUUCGACGCCAAACACUUCUUCUCAACAUUAGAAACGGACGUGAGACUGCGUAACAAGACGUAAAGUAUAAAGAGACACAUUUUAGAUGGUUUGCGACUGAAGUUGCGUCUGCAGGAAUGGUGAUCCGUGGUUUGUGGGUUUGUAAAAUCCGUGUGGUGAAGCACUUUGGGCUGGCACAAGUCCUGUGCCUACUGGUCUUUACUUGCCUUUUUGCAGGCCUCUUCUUCGACUACAUUGAGUCAUGGGUUACUUCUCUAAGAAUGAGUGGAGUCGGGGGUGCCCACGGAGGGAUUCUUCUUCAGAGCGUGCCUCCUACACGUCCAGAAGAAUACCUCCUUAUGCCAAGUUCGCUUGUUUGCCAGCGCGCAAAGCCCUACCUCAUCACCCUGGUGACCUCGACCCCUGCUAACGCGAAAGCUCGUCAGGCAAUCCGUGACACCUGGGGUGGUGAAGUGCAAGUCCGAGGUUAUCGGGUCAUGACUUUGUUCAUGGUGGGGCAGGUAUCGGAUCCCGUUUUGACCAAACAACUGAUGGAGGAAGCACGGGAACACGGAGACCUAGUCCAAGGUCGCUUUUUGGACUCCUAUGCUAAUCUGACCUUAAAGACCUUGUCCAUGUUAGCUUGGGCCCGGCGCUUCUGCCCUGAAGCUCGGUUCCUAGCCAAAGUGGAUGACGAUGUGAUGUUCAACCCCAGUGCGUUGCUUCAGUACAUCAACCUCAAGUGGAGGACACCAGAGAGGGAGCUCGAAGAACUCUACCUUGGUCGGGUUCACCUUAGGGUUGCACCGGACCAUAAUCCAGCCAGCAAGCACUAUUUUUCUAAAGAUGUUUUCUCAGGGACAGUCUACCCUGAUUACUGCAGCGGAACUGCAUACGUGCUUUCCCGUCCCGCUGUCCUAAAGCUUUCUCUGGCAGCUGCUGCCACACCGUUGCCCAAGCCCCUGCCUCCUGAAGAUGUGUUUGUAGGCUUGUGUGCCCACACAGCUGGCAUCUCUCCCACCCACUGCCCACUCUUCUCCGGAGGACCACCCGUGCCAUAUGCACGCUGCUGCUACCAGGCCAUGGUGUCCGUCCAUCACACUACACCUGAGGAAAUGCUCCACUACUGGGCAGACAUGCAUUCCAAUGCUCCCUGCACCUGGGUGGGAGUCCGGACUUCACUUGGCAUUUGUAAAUUGAAAGCGUAUCUAGGACACUUGUUAUGGCCUAGAUUAUAAACACAAACAUAUGGAGAGUGAAGAAGAUUAUGCAGUAUUUCUCACGUGCUUGUAGAGCCCGAAGAAGCGCAAAUGGGACUACAUGACAAACUACCAUGUAUGAUUGUUUUAUUGCUUUAUCUUAAUAACGUGCCAGUUGUCAAAUACUUGAAUGUCUGUGCUGUUUAUUACACGCCCUCGAUGUACCAGCACUUGGUAGUCAAAAGUAUUUAGUGUUUCGAACACACUUCAUAAACUACUUACACUGUUUAUGCUUCACUGUAAUGUACUUUGAAUUCUUUGCACAAUAUUUUUCUUGACUAAUGUUUUACAAGUAGGGUGUAACAAAAUUUUCUUGAUGCAGCUGAAGUGAACUCGCUGGACAUGACCACUCUCUUUCAACUUUCAUAUUUAUAAGGUUAAACGCUAAAACUGAGAGUAAUGUAUAUUAAUUAGGCAGAAAGAUCAUGUUUGCGAGAGUGCAAUGGACAGUUUAAAAAAUGGUAGCGUAGAACUUGUAUGACCUUGCUCUCAAACACGCAUAUGUGGCCUUAUGCAACAGUGAAUACUGAACGAUGAGAGUGAUUUUGACUAGACUGAAUAUUUUUAAGUGGAGCUUUUGCAUAGUUCGAUUGCUAAUAUUUAUAUAACUGAAUGCAGUGUGUUUUUACGACAUUUUUUUUAUGGCACAGGCUGGGCACAUUGUCAAAAUGUGACCCAACAUGACUGGUAGAUCGAUGCUUAUCAAUAAGGCUGUAAAGCAAAGCAGAAUGUAGGUUGUUGUAGUUUUGCCCACUAUUUAUACUCCUUCAGUGUCACAUCUCAUAAACCUAAAACAUAGCUGGGCUCUGUGAUGUCAGGAUGUAGAGUUCUAUUCAGUGACAUUUAAUCUGUUUACCCACCGAACAAAAGGCACUGAGAUAACACUCAUGUUUGCGGGGCAAGAAAAGCAAACAUUAGCUGCAUAAUUUACAUGAAGUAGAGAAAUUAUGCAAUCUCUGACUAAGAAAUUCCGAAUAUAUGUGUAGAGAUAUGCAAAUUCAUGAAGUGGGGCGAAAGUGGAACGGGAUCAGACUCCUACAGCUAUACUUUUAAAUGCUAACAUUGUACAUUUCAGUACUGGCCAAAUUAACAUUAUGAAAUUGACAUCCAUACAUUUUACAACCCUUAUUAACUAGGACUAAUGUGUAUAUGUGUGUGUGUGUGUGUGUGUGUGUGUGUGCAUGCAUAAUGUUUGGGGAUGGUCUAGCAUUCCAACCAGGGUGUAUUCCUACCUCCAUAUCCACCAUGACCCUGACUUUAAUUGAAUGAAUUAAUAACAUUGCUGAUAAUCCGUGGGAAAGGUGAUAGCACUGCAUAUUUAUGCGUACAAAUUUCCAUGAUAUUAAUUCAUUGUUGGUUAUUUUGAGUAAAGUAUUUAUUAAUACCAUAAGGAGAAAAUGUCAGUUCUCGGCAUCUCAUGUGGGAGGCACGGUAGCUUAGUGGUUAGCACGUUUGUCUCGCACCUCCAAGGUCGAGGCUUUGAUUCUCACCUCCACCCUGUACACGCGGAACUCGCAUGUCCUCCCUGUGCCCCAGAGGCUUUCUCCAGGUACUCUGGUUUCCUCCCCCAGUAUAAGAGAUAUGAGUUGUAGGCUUAUUGGCAUUUCUAAAUUGUAUGUCGUGUGUCAGUGUGUGCGUGUGAUUGUGCCCUGCGAUGGGUUGGCACCUGGUUCAAGCUCCCCACAACCCUACAUGGGCUAAGCAGUACAGAAAAUGGAUGUUGUGUUUUCCUAAUCCAUUUACGAUUGAACACAGUAGCUAAAUGUAACAGAGCAGCUAUGAUCUCUGGGACUGCAAAGCUGUAUUUGUUGUCAAACAUAUACUCCUUCCAUUUAACAAGUAACUCAACGUCCAAAGACUGUCACUGUUUGUAGUCAGCACAAUUUUGUGCCAUUGAAUGCUUCUGCAUUAGUGAUCCUUUAUCAUGGUUUCUCUAAAUAGAAUAAAGUAGAAUAGAAACAAAACUACAGGGAACAUGUUCACAACGAACAUGUUAUUUAAGAUUUGAGUAAUAUUUAUAUGUAGAACCCAUAAUUGAGACCCUGACAGCCAAAUAAAUGGUUUGGGGUUUUUUUUUGCAGUCAAUUUCAUAUGUUUGUAAAUCUAGUACAUCUUUUGUUUCAUCACCAUGUAACUGAACAGAUGGAAUCCAACAUGCUCGUGCUUUCAUGUUAGCCACAGCGUUUUACGCACACCAUUAACAGAAGCAUAUGAAACUGGAUGUGCAAAAUAUAGCUUGUAACCCUAUGAUAUUCCAAUUAAAUGGUGUAGUGUGUCCUCUUGGUUAGUACUGCUUGCUUUGUCUUAUCUAAAGACCUCCCGUGACUUGUGACUUUGUGGAAUCAGCUCAAUUCAAUGAGAUUACAUGUAACAGAUUUCAAAUAAAACUCUAUUACAGUC